ACUCUAAAAUGCACCUUCUCAGCAUGAAGGUUUUAGUUUACUGACGACUUCCGAGAACCUACAUCAACCUACUUUCAACUCAGAAGCUAAAUUCGAGUUUUAACACAGCUGAGGAAGCAGUAGAGCGAGUAUCAUACCAUGGCGGGUUUAAAGAAGAGUUCAUGGCUGCAUCUUCUACUGCUGGUAGUCUUGUUAUUCAGCGAAGGUUUAGCACAACAGAGGUCACCGUCAUCUUCUCGAACCAUCCGGAGAGGGUCCCAUAGAACUACCUAUAGAAGCAGGCAAGGCGCAAGACGCGCGUCUACGAGUCGCACGAGGACUCAGAGGUAUGGUGCUGCAGGACGGCUUAGAGGCGGAGAGUGCAAAGAUGAACCAGCGGCACAUGAGACCUGCGCGAAAGUACUUAAAGAACUUGGCAUCCAGGUUUGCCAUGUCAAGAUCGAACAGCUGAGAUACAAACUCGAGAGGAGCUGUGCAAAGACUUGCAACUAUUGUGGAGAACCUGAGAUGAGCUGUAGAAGAACCAGAGACUGUUGUUGGGACAGAUUCACACCGCGUGGCAGAGUAAGCUGCCCAGAAUGCAAGGAUCACAUGCACCUCUGCAGAAGAUUCAAAAGAUUCUGUAACUCAGCAAAGGAGGAGAACAAAGAAUUUAUGGAACUGCACUGCCCAGUGACUUGCGGAAAAUGCAGAGGUAGCAUCGGAGCGAUAAGAAAGGGGCGACCUGUUACCAUGCGCGACUGGAACAAGCUUUGAUUUCAUCAAAGAUUGUGUCUGAACCGCAAUAUAAAGUUGGUGGACAGUUCUCACUUCCAUGAAUUUGACGUACGAUCCGUAUUUUGACGAGGCACCAGUUUUGAUUAAGGAGGACUUCCGUCGGAAAUUACCAGGAAUGUGCGGAUGAUGUUUGAUGUAAAUGUAAAUAAAGACUUGAGUAACAUCUAUGCGCUCAAAUCAGGAGCGCCCUUCACAUCGGGAAAAUAAUUGUUACUGAUAGGCAAUGUAGAUGUACAGCAUGAAUUACGUGUAAAUUUGUUCAAGUUGUUUUAACGCGUUUUGCCAACAUCUACUAUUUAUACAAGUCUCGGACCAAUCGAGGUUACAGAUACUUUGCAUUGUGUUUUUGUUGAACGAAAUAAAUAUGAUUAAACCUCAA